AUGGCCUGGCUCCUUGCCGCUCCGUUUGCACGGCCUUCGAAUUCCUAUACGCAAACCCAAACAAAAACCCAUUACAAACAAACACCAAAACAAGAUGUUGGGCGCGUUCAGACCGGGGAACGGGAUGGGGAGGCGGGGGACAAUCAAGCGCUGGGGGACGGUUACGAGGAAACCGAUCCCCCCCGCUUGUCCCGCCUGAGGAGGCAAGAGCGAAGACGGCUCCCUCCGUUCCCUUACCGCCCCCAGCACCCCCAACCGCACCACACCCCCGCAGCAUCCCCUCUGACGCCCUCCGUCGCCCACCUCCAAUUCCCCCCCAGAGUCAGCCAACACGACCACCACCUUCCCCGCUUCGUCCAUCUCCUCGAAGUCGCUAGCUUCGGGGCAGGCUACUCCUACACAAGGGGCGGGAACGCCGCUCCAUUCGCCGGUGGCGGCGUUGACGUUCACCCCGAGCGCGGCGUCGCCAGAGACUUCCCCCUUGCUGACCCCGCCUAUCGGCCUGAGCAGGACUACGACGGGCCAGAUGCCCCUGCCGCUAUCACCGGCCUCUCCCCCACCAGCACCUUCCCCGGCCUUCACACGUCCAGCCUCUCCGUCCCCUCCCCCCACUCCCACUCGCUCGUCCACUCUCAACCUCCCACGCUCGCCCCUCCCCUGCUUUAUCCAGAACAGUUCGCCCCCGAGCCCGAGACGAGUUUUCCGAUAUUCGAGGGAGGGAGGGAGAGGAGGGAGAGUAAGCUGAGCGUGUUAAGUUGGGGGAAGAAGAUCGAGGUUGCGUAUGGGCCGAUGAAGCGGGAGAGCGAGAGUAGUGGGGUUACGGGGAAGUCGGGGAGCUUGAAGGGGGCUAUUGUGGCUGAGAUGGAGGAGGAGGAGGAGGAGGAGGAGAGGGAGGGCAAGGAGUUGGGGAAGGCGAUGCAGGAGCCUCAACCUUUGGCAGUCGCUGUUGCUUAA